AUAUGUCGCAAAUAAGUGUUAUCUGUUACUAAUUUGAAACAGGACAAUUUCAGCUCCUUACCUUUUAACAGUUAUAUAGACGCUAUACAAGUCAAACUUUCCUUGUCAAAGGCGAAAUUUCAGUAAACAAUUCCCCUUAAAUCUGAACUCCCUAUCCAAAAAAAGAUGUGUCAGUGAUAUUCAUUACAGUAGAGCUCAAAUAUUAUGUAAUCCAUGAAUGUAGAAAACAGUUACAUAGUACUCCCUCCGUCCGGAAAUAUUCUUCCCAUUUUCCUUUUUGGUCCGUCCGGAAAUAAUCUUCCCAUUUCCUUUUUUAGUAUGCUUUUUAAGGCUAAAUAUCAAUAAUACCCUUCUAUUUUAUCACAAAUCUACUUUUUUAAUACUUUUUUAAUAAUAAAAGGAGAUUUAAAAGUUUAUAGUAUGUGCAUUUUUGAAAAUUUUGUAUUUUUUUUACUAUUCCUUAAUAAGCGUGCCAAGUCAACACGGGAAGAACAUUUCCGGACGGAGGGAGUAAAAGCUAAAGAUAGAAGAACAAGUAAAACAUUUACAACAACAAUACAAACUCAGUAAGAUGACUAAGAUCACACAAAAAGUACAGUCUGGGGAGGGAUGCUAUUUCCAAGAGACCUGGCAAUUAACCCAAGAAAACAAUGUGGUAAAAUUUAAAUGAUAAUAACACAAAUGGGCCAAUUAUCAACAAAUCUGGCUCUUGUUCAUCAGAAUAUGUCCAACUAAGCACAAGCCCUAGGAAAAAAGAGCCAAUAAUCGAUCACUUGGAGAUUAACCCCAAACUGAUCAACUGGAUCUCAGGAAUGACUGUCAGGCAAAAACUCCCAUAACCCCAUAAGCACCAAAACAAAUGAAAAUUUCCUGGAAUUAAAAACAAUAUCGAUAUAAAGUAACCAUCUUUAGUGUUUCCAUAAAAGAAAAAAAAAAUCUAACAGCAUAAUCAACGAAGAAAAGAGUGGAAUUUCUUAGGAUUAGGAGAAAAAAAAGCAACCAUCUUUACUGUUUCGGCAAAUGAACCCUAAAACUCCGUAGUACAGACGCAAGUGAUUCGUUACAAAAUCUUAUAAACCUAAUCUAGCGAACGUGAUAAGAAUAGAAACACUCCACUGGCACACAUAAAAAGAAACCACAAGAAUCUAUCAAAUUAGUAGUCCGCAUACACAGAUUCUAAAAGAGGCAGAUGUUGAAUCGAAAGCUUGACACGAUUAAUCUGGGAAUUCAGAUCGAAUACCUUAGGAUUUUGAGAGAGGGAAAGAGAGAUCUGGAGGCGCCGGCGGAGAAGAAGAGGUUAAAGAUAACUGUGCUGCGGGGUAGGGGGGGUGGGGAAAGGGGUAUACUGUAUACAUACAUAGAGUGGAUGAAUCGGGAAGAUGACGUGUCACGGGAAAGGGAGGGAAAUACGGCCCACUCGUGCGGGGAUGACGUCGCCGAGAUGUGUGCGAAAGAGUUACUGGAAGCGAAUCAGCAACAGCGGGGUGGCGGCCCCUUGGACCUGCUGCUGCGUUCCGUGCUGCGGCUGCCAGCGGACGGCGGCGGCAAGAUGGAUGAAGCGAGAGAAGAAGAUGACGACGACGCCCUCCUCCCCUGGGAAAUGGCAGCCGCGACGACCACCAUGACGCCUGGGAAAUGGUUUCCCACAUUACAAAGCAAUUCUUCACAAUUGUCCCCAGCGCCGCCGUAAUCAAGGAGGAGCCUGGCCUUCUCUGCAUGACCUGCAAUCCAAAUGAGCAGAAGAAAAAGGUUCCAGACUGCAAUAGCCGAGAGGGUCGAGAAGGUGAAGGGAUUCACAGCUGCGAGGCUAAAUUAUGGAGAUCGACAGGAAAGAUGAUAAAGAGUUUGUUUCGAG